AUGGAGGCAGGCAAAAUAAAAAAAAUAACUCAAGCCAUUGUUUACAUGAUUUGUAAAGAUAUGAAGCCAUUCGCAAUUGUUAAAAGAGAUGGUUUCAAAAAACUGAUAAAAAAGCUGAUACCUCACUAUACGUUACCAAGCCGAUUUACCCUUAAAAGACAAGUACAAAGCAACUAUGAUAUAGUUUCUUCAUCAAUGCGAACGUUGUUAUCAAACCAAAAGGUAACAGUGACUACAGAUGUGUACACAGACCUGCAGAUGAAAAGCUACAGCAGCAUAACCGUUCACUUCAUAGAUGAUGAAAAUAAAUUAUUUUCAGGGACAGUGGGUAUGGUAUCGUUAGAUGAUCUGCUGAGAAGUGCUAAAAGCAUUUGA